AUGAAAGUUGAACAUUUUUGGAACAUCAUCCUCUAUGCUUCGUUUGUUUUACCUGAAAAAGUGGCCGACAGAAACCACUCAAGACGACCAAAAGAUAGCAGUUUUUUUGUUUUCGACUAUUCUCAUGAAUCUGCUCAACAUCAUCGUAUCAGUCUCUUUUCAUCAUUGCCAUUUAUUCCGCGACCUGAAUAUAAACCUGAAAGAUAUUUACGCUCAAGAACUAUAAGGUCAAAGAUUUUAAAGGACAGAAAGCUGACAUCUGAAAAGACAGAAACAGAGGCUGCAGAGAACGUCUUCAAUGAUAACGUAGAUGAAGGGAUUAUUGGGGAUCAUCUUAAUAAAACUAGCACCAAUUUUAAAACUUUUCAUAAUUCUUUACCAAAUUUAGCGUAUGGUUCUGCUGAUGGUGUUGCUGUAAUUCCAAUUAUCUUUGGUGACUAUUCAUCAGGUCUAAGCGGUUCUAUAUCUCCGUCAUCAGUGGUUUUGGUUUUGGACGAAAAAGACAGUAUUCCAUGUAACAUUUUGGUUGAUACCGGUACUGCUAUUUAUAAGAAUACAAUCAUCGGUGGUCUUGCUGCACAUGGCUUACGACCAUCUGAUAUCAAUUAUCUUAUUCUAACACACCGUGAUCUCGACAACAUUGGUAAUCUAAAUUUAUUUAUCACUGCAGAAGUAUAUUCGGCAAAUCGAAAAGUUGUCCGAGAAACAUUUGAAAAAUUGUCCUUUAAUGCAAAACAUAGUAAUAGUAAAGUUGAAUUACCAGAACGAAUAUUAUGUGAUAAUACACGAAUCUAUUUAACACCCGGUUAUUCGCCAACUGAUCUAUCAGUUGUUGUCAAAAAUGUUCACGGUUUUGGUACCAUUGUUAUUACAGAUUUUUUAACAAAUACUCUUUAA